AUGGACGCCAGUGUGGAGAUAAACGUGAAGGCUGUCAGGAGGAGCAAAGAAGACAAGAAAGUUCUUCGAAAACAGAUAAAAGCCAGUCACACUCUGCUGAAACACGAAGGCAUCAGCACAUCAUCACAGCCUACCAAGAGUUUGGUGGUGGCUAAUGGUGGCCUGGGGAACGGCGUUAGUCGAGAGGAGCUGCUUGCAGCCCUGAAAGAGAUGGGAGAGGUGGUCACACUGAUCAUGCACCCACACAAGCCCUACGCUUUUGUCACAUACAGAUCGGAAGAGAGUGCUCGGAAAGCUCACAUCCACCUCAAUGGCGAAAAGCUUCAGUGUGGGGAGAACAGCGUCACACUCUACCUCAGUUAUGUUGACUCAGUGACCUGUAAAGAGGAGGCACCAGUUACUUUGCCAGAGGGAUUAGUCUUGGUGGAAGAUUUUGUGUCUCCGGAGGAAGAGGCUCUGCUGCUUGCUGCUAUUGACUGGUCGUCUGUUAAUGAUGAUGUCACUGCUCAAAAAGCUCUGAAGCAUAGAAGAGUCAAACAUUAUGGCUUUGAGUUUCGCUACGACAACAACAACGUGGAUAAGGACAAGCCGUUAACUGCAGGUUUUACUGUUAUUCCAUUCAUAGAGUGUCUGCCUGUUCUGGAACGAUGUGUGACAAACAAACACAUCAACAUCAUGCCAGACCAGCUGACCGUCAACCAGUAUGAGGCGGGACAGGGUAUUCCUCCUCACGUGGACACUCACUCUGCCUUUGAGGACACCAUCCUGUCACUGAGCCUGGGGGCAAAGACAGUGAUGGAAUUUCGUCACCCUGAUGGUCGUCUUGUUGCUGUGGUGUUGCCAGGACGGAGCCUCCUGGUGAUGAAGGGGGAGAGCAGAUACCUCUGGACACAUGGGAUAACUCCUCGGAAGUUUGACAUGGUGCCAGCCUGCGACCCACAAUCCCCUCCUCAUGCGACGCCUGACCUCGGGACUCACAACAACCUCACUUUGAGCAAGAGGGGCACCCGUACUUCAUUCACUUUCCGCAAGAUCAGACACGAACCCUGCCGCUGUGCCUUCCCCUCUGCCUGUGACAGUCAGGGAGCUCUCUCAGCACCCUCUCCGCCUUCUCCUCCAUCACUACCCUGUUGCCAUACCGACGCAGCCCUCCUGGAGGAGGAGUAUGUGCACCGGGUUUACGAUGCCAUAGCCUCCCACUUCAGCAGCACUCGCCACUCCCCCUGGCCUCGCGUUUGCCACUUCCUGUCAUCGCUCCCACCUGGCAGCGUGCUGGCUGAUGUGGGCUGUGGAAAUGGGAAAUACCUGGGUGUAAGCCCAGAGCUGAUUGCUGUGAGUGACAUCAUGUGUUAACCAUAAUGUCUGUAAUUUUGUGAUACUUCUGUGAUCCCUGUGGGAUAAUUUCCCUUAUCACUCUGUUUGUAUUGCUACUGCUUCUUAGAUUAUCCCCACUGUAAACUGCUUAACAAUUUCAUAAGUUAUUUCUGUACAGAAUAGU